AUGGAAAAGCUUCUCCAACCACCUUCAUCUUCCACACUUGCUUCUUACAAAUCUCAGUUAAGAGCAUCCCCAUCGCUCCUCCGCGUCCACCGUCUCGACUUUCCCAUUCUUACCUUUCCCUCCUCGCGCCGGCUCAGCUCCAUUUCAUGCCUCUUCCGCCACAAUCCAUCUCCAGAUUCGUCUCCAGGAUCGAAUCAGACUACCAAUUUCUUGUUUGAGUCUCCUGAAGCCGAUGGGUCCAAACCUAAUCCAGGAUUUCUCCAACGGAUUGUGAAGACGAAUUUUGAGCAGCGAAAGACCAUAUCGGCGGGAACAAUCAUCCUAGUCUCUGCUGUAGCUGUGUUUUUGCUUAACCCGAUACUUGCGCCACCUGCUUUUGCUAGCUUUCAAACUGCAACUAAAUCUAGCGGCGCUGCUGCUGUUGGCGGAAAACUCCUCCGGACUGAAAUACUGACAAGUGCUUGGACUGGUUUCUUUGCUGGUUGUUUACAUACGCUGUCUGGACCUGAUCACCUUGCUGCUUUGGCUCCAUUAUCAAUUGGACGAACGAGAAUGGAGAGUGCUGCAGUUGGAGCUCUCUGGGGAUGUGGUCACGACGCUGGUCAACUCAUCUUCGGUCUACUAUUUCUUCUUCUAAAAGAUAAGCUCCACAUUGAAGUCAUAAGAACUUGGGGUACAAGAGUUGUGGGUUUGACUCUCCUUGUAAUUGGUGCUAUGGGAAUCAAAGAAGCUUCCGAGAUCCCGGAACCAUGUGUGGUUGCUUUGGAGAAUGGGGAAACAGAUGAGAAAAACUCGAAGAAGAAGAAGAUAGGGUUUGCGACAUUUGCGACUGGGAUUGUUCACGGGCUGCAACCGGAUGCUCUGAUGAUGGUAUUGCCUGCACUUGCUCUUCCUUCUCGGUUAGCCGGUGGUGCGUUUCUGAUAAUGUUCUUGGUUGGGACGGUGAUUGCGAUGGGAAGCUACACGGUGUUUAUAGGGUCGUGUAGUGAGGCGUUGAAAGAGAAGGUUCCUAGGAUCACAGAGAAAUUAACGUGGGCGUCUUCUCUUGUCGCCAUCGGACUCGGAUUGGCAAUUAUUGUCAGCCAGUUCUUUGGAUUCAGCCUUUAUUGA